AUGAAUAGAAGGCGCCUCCUUGUAGUCUCCUCCGACGACGAAGACGACGAUGAUAACCUCCGCCCUCCUCCGCCUCCUCCUCCUCCGCCUCAACAGCACUGGUUAGAUGAAGACGACCUCAUCGCCGAUGACAUCCAGUCCGAUUUCCAAACAGUUACACUGAACUCCGCAAAUCCUACUCCCGGCAGCAACAAUUCCUUCACCGCACCCCCCACCACCACUCAGACACAAGGAAGCCACCGAUUCGAGCCGAUUCCACUUGAUAUCUCCGACGAGGAUCCGGAAGAUGUUUCUACCGGCGGUGACAAUGCCUUCCCUGAAGCUAAGAACGGUAAUCACGGUCAUCUCCAAAUGUCGGAAUCGCCGGCGGUGGAUGGGGUUUUGAAGAGGCUAGGUCUCAGUGUUAGGGGAGAGUGGCUGGAUUCGUGUCUUCAAGGUCUGCAGGCAUCCACGCCGGGGUUUCAGAGAAUGGACGAUUCAUCGAAGGCUAAGCUUUGCUUCAAGCAGUUUUUGUGGUCGGACAUGAAUUUCUGCGGCGCAGGGGUGCUUCCGCCGAAUGUUCACACCUUGCAUUUGGUUGAUCUCAAGGGGCCAUUUGUUCUUCAGGUGGAUGAGGUAGUAAACAUAAGCAACCCUGUUCGCGGGAGGUACCAAAAUGCUGCUCCGGGAAUCAAGAGAUGCCUCAAACUGUCCAUGACAGACGGGAUCCAACGUGUGUUUGGCAUGGAAUAUCGACCCAUCAAAGAUAUUCAAGUUUUGGGACCGGCAGGACUGAAGGUAGUUGUUUGUAAUGUGCAUGUUAGGCAUGGGCUCUUGAUGCUAGUCCCUGAAGUUAUUGAGGUGUUGGGAGGAGCCAUAGACGAGUUGGAAGCUGCACGGCAGAGGCUUGUCGAAGAAGUAAAUAAGCCACCUCGGGGAAGAAGAAAUAGGACAGGGGAGAUUGUUCCUCUAACAACUAGAGCAACACUUGCUGCAUGGCCACCUAGUAAUGAUGCAGUUCCAGGGCAUGUAGAUAAUAACCGCCCAACGAAUGUAAUUCCCCAGCAAACAAGUAGGCAAGGAUAUACGGCUAGUGUACCUGCCAAUGAUAUGCACAGACAAGACUUUGCUACUCCAACUAAUAGAAAUGAUGCUACGGCCAACACCUCACAUGCACCCUGGCCACCUGAACAAGAUGAAAUUCAAGGGCAUACUGACCCUCCUAUGCCUACCCAUUCACGACAAGGCCAUGACAUACGCAGACAAGACAUUGAAGUUCCUGUGUAUCAAAGUAAUCCUCAGCCUAGUACCGUGCCAGCACUGCAGCGUGCACACUCUGUCGCCACUGCUCAGCAUAUUAAUGAACCCUCAUCAGAAGUUUUGACACCUUUAGGAGGGACUAGGCAAGGCACCCCUGCCAGUUAUAUGCCUGAGGAGGAUGUUCAUGUACCUGUCAGCAUGGAUGCUGACGAGGCUAACACAUCUUCCAUACACAUGGAUGUUGAUGAUAUAUCAACUGUGUAUGAUCUGGAACCGCAUUUUAUACUUUCUGGAGAUAAAGAACCCCCUUUCAUAUAUUUGGCUAGUUUAUCAGCGAAGAAUGCGGCUAUUGAUGAUGAAACAUCUGUUGUUCGAGGAAAAAUAAAGUGUAUAAUCACUGGUGUCAAGAUAUUCCAAUAUAAAGAAAGGACUACCUUUGAACUCCGAGUUUAUAUCGACGACGGCAGUCUCAUCUCUGAGAUCCUAAUCGAUCACAACGUUGUACGAAAUGCAAUUGGUUAUUCUACUCAAGAGGUUUCAAAUGCCUCUGAGUAUCCGGAAGGCGAACGGAUCAAGAAGGCAGUAAGAGAAUUUUCAGUAUUUCUAGCUAAUUUUGAGGGAACAAUGCUUGUGGAGAUGCGGGGAGAGUCUCAAGUCCCAGUUGCCGUGGAGAUGGACCAGGGGUGUCCUACCUCUGAUGCUCAGUUGCUUCUUGAGAGGGUCAAGUCGCUCACUUCUACUCCUCUCCCCCUAAACCCUAAACCCUAAACCCCAUAAGCUCUAGACAUUAACAAGAGUAAGUCUUGAUGGUGGGGGAUCGAAAGGAAUCUGGCCACAUGUCCUUUAUUCUGGGCAAGUCUACAACUUUCUUGCUUAUAGCUUGUGUGGGAGGAACUCCAGGGUCAGUGAGCAGGUACCAAUGGUUGAACCAGUCGACG